UAGCUGGGAAACAGGCUUAGAAGGCAGUGACUUACCAGAUGACACCAUGAGGUUGUGGCAGAGCUGGGCUAAGAAUGCAGAUUUAAAUCUAUGGUUUUCCAUCUGUCUCUGCCGCUGCCUCUCCCUUCUCCCCAGAUCUUCAGAAACACAGGUCCUCUCUCCCCGCCCCUAGGACUUGCCAGAGAGGCCUUACCUGCAGCCUCCCCUCACCAUCCUAGUAAUUGAACGCCGGGCCUUUGGCCGUACAGUGCUCUUGGGUUCCCACAUUGUUUCCCACAUGAUGCGAUUCAUACUCCGGGGUCAUGAGGAUCCCCCAGAGGAGGAAGGAGAGGAGGAGACAAGGGUCUUGGUGCCCAAGGAACAUGAAGGACAGAUGUCCCUGGAUCCCUUAUUGGUUGAAGCCAGGAUACCCAGGCGGCUCCUGAAGGAUCCUCUGAAGAAGCUCCCUCUGAGUGGCCUUCUGAAUCAAGGCCCAGAGCUGGAGGAGGACAUCCCAGAUCCUGAAGAGCUCGACUGGUGGUCCAAGUACUACACUUCGCUGCAGGAGCUCCAGGGGCAGGUGGAGGCAGAGGAGGGUCCCAGGCACCAGUAUUUCUAA